UCUGGACUGCAGGGACAGGAAGAUGUUCAUAUCUGUGAAACUUAAGGCCAUACUGCUUUAAGGAAUUCAAGUUCAGUUUCUUAAGGAAUGUAACAAAUGCUCCGGUAUAGUGUGCAUCAUUGGAUUAAACGUGGUUUCAUUCAGGAUUGAAACGGACUGGGUAAACACAAGGAAGCGAAGUUUUCUCGAGCGGGUCAGUGCUCCAGAAAACAAAGUGGAAAAUGAGAUAGGUCGAGUUUUCAGACAUUUUGAAAGGUACAGGACGAAAAACAACUUGUCCGGAGGAAGUCCAUGGUAAGGUUUGGAAGCAUGUCCUACAGCGACCAGACUCCACCCAGUCCCAGCAGGACCAGCGGCAGUAACUCUGGGGCACAGUAUGCUACCGCUGCGCUGGGAGUGGGCCUCAUCGCUCUGGGGAUCGUCAUGAUUGUGUGGAGCGUGGUGCCGGCAGGGUCCGGUGGGAACAGCUCCAGACCAGGCAUGGAAUCCAGUCAAGUUAAGGAGACCUCGUCCGUGGCUUUCGUCCUAGUGGGGGGAGGAGUGGCGCUGCUGCUGCUGUCUGUGUGUCUGAGCAUACGGAACAAACACCGGGCGGCCAGGGGACAGGAAGCCGGCAGUACGCCCGCUAACACACAGGGGGAGGGGGCUACGAUGGAUCAAAUAGCUCAGAACUACAUGGUGCCCACUUAUGAGGAGGUGGUUAUGAGUGGCCAGUAUCCCAUCACUCAGUCCUCUGAGCGACACAACAGCGUCACACAGCUGCCAGCCUAUGAGGAGCUAGAGGAAGAUCAGCACACCGUACUGGAUGGAUCCAGCCCAGCACGCAGACCUUCAUCCCAAAUCGACCCCACCACUGGAGCGGGCGGCCGCAGAAACAGCCGUCCCAGUCGCAAGCUGAUUCCCCUUAAAAUUAGGCGCAUCAGAUCGGACAACCUCAGAAGGAAAAGCUUAAGCGAUAUCCAGCAGAGCAACGUGUUCACCAUCGAACCUCUCACUCCGCCCCCACAGUAUGAUGAUAAAGACCCCCCACUUCCUCCUAACACACAACAGUGAACCGUGCUGGAGGUUUACACUGACAUUGAAGUGUCAAAAUGUGAUGAAGUGCGUCUACCUCCUUUAUGAAAUAUUACAGCACUGAACUGCAUAUUACUCCUCUGGAUAGGAUGUGCCACUAUCAACAGCACCGAGUUCACCGUGUUCUGUAAAGGUGAAGAGCCUUCAGGAUGUCUUCCUGUGUUGGUUGUACAUUUCCUGUUUAGGGAAAUAAAAAAACUUCACAAAAAAAGCUG